AUGCUACCUGUAAUCAUCCCAGUAGCAGUGAUCUCCGGAAACGGUGUGAGUCAUGUUUCCGUUACAUCAAUCUAUAUGACUGUUCCUUGGAUUGCUCUUUCUGCUGUGCUGCAUUGGCCAGUGGCCUGGCUGAUCCAAUGGCGAUAUCAUAGGACAUCAUUUUCACGGGCUUUGGAUGAGUACAGUGAGCAGAUCAAGUGCAAGCCAGCCGCAGGGUCUGAUGCAAGCCAUCCUCGCAAUCAGGGCUUGGAGGUUCUGACUUUGCGCGGCUUGUGGAAGCACUUCGAGAGCUUCAUUCUGGAGCGCAAUAUGCACUUUGUGGUUGCCAACAUAGUAAUGCCCCUGACACAAAGCAAACGAAUCUCCUUUGUAACUCUUUGGGGUGGCAGGCGGGUCGAUUAUUUUGUGUCUCAUUGCUGGGGCAGCAGCUUUCCACACUUAGUGCAAUCCAUUGAGUGCCAUGCUCUGUCCAAAGAGGGCCCCGCUUCUUGGUUCUAUGCAGCAUAUUGGAUCUGUUCGUUUGCGAACAACCAGUGGAACAUCGGAGCCGAACUGGGAAGUGACCCCAUGGAGAGCGCCUUUGCACUAAGCCUCUCACAAGAGUUUGGUGUUUAUUCGAAUAUUUCCUGUCCAGCCGGGAGCACUUGGAGUUGGGUUUUGUCACCAACGCUGGCGUGA